GAAGCUUUCUGAUUCCAAAGCGCACAGUUUAUGACUAACGAAACAUGGUUUCUGUUAAUAUGAUAAGUGCUAAACUAUCAGACUUACAUGACAACAUUGCGAAAUUGUCUCAUGAAUUGGACCUUAAACGUAAGGAAAAGGAGUCUCAAAGAAGUUUUGUUAAAAAGCUUGACUCAGAAAUCAAAGAUAAACAUAGAUUUCUAGAUAGCUUAGAACAAAAGCGUGAACAGCAUGAAAAAACUAUCAGAGUCAAUACUGAGCGCCUAUGUGAGCUUCAAAAAUCAGCUGCUGAGUGUCAGAAAGCACAUGAAUCUUUAGAAAAACGACUAGAAAGUCAAGAACAAUCAAUUCGUUCUCUCGAAGAUGAAGUUAACGAAGCACAAAGUCUUGCAAAGUCUUCAGCCCAAGUUUACGAUGAGACUCUUAAGUUACUACAAGAAAAAUUGGAGAUUUUGGAAAAAUAUGAUCGGAAAGAAGAAUCUCUUAUCAAGACUAUCAAAGAGUUGAGAGAUGAAGCUAAUUUGCAUGGGAACAGACUAUGUCGCAUUGAGACACAAGGAAACGAGGCAAAUAAACGCAUAGAAAUGCUGGAGGAAAAAAUCAGGGAACUGACAGAACAAAUUAAUUCCGCUACUCAACGAGCUGUUCGUGCAGAAGAAGAAUCUGAAAAUCUAGCCGGUGAAUUAACAAUUCUAGAAGACGAAGCAAAUGAAUGGAACGAGAAAUCAAGUAAUGUUCAAGAACAAAUUAACAUGGUUCGAAUCACUAUCAGUGAAGCCUAAUUAUUACUAUCUACUACUACUACUAUUAGAUAUAACUCGACCGUACUCUGUACGACAUCUUUUUGUUCCUAUACACUGUUGUUAGGACAUUAUUUGAUUUUUUAAGAGUUAAUUUAGUGUUUUUAUGAAUUUCGCUACUGAUUUUUUUUCCUAUUUCUUUCGCGCACAAUUUCAUAUCGUAUUUUUUCUUUCUGUCUCCAUUGAAUACUUAAUAUUACUAUUAUUACUAUUAUUAGAAAUGUAAUUCGGUGCAUUCGGAAUAGUGUAUACACAUUCACAUUCCUUGAAUUAUAAGCGACUCAAUUCAUUUCAUUUAAGCAUCAUUAGUAUUGAUUCCAAUAUACACAUUCUUGUUCUUUUAUUUCUUUUCGAAAAAAAGAGGUGCUUUUUGCUUUGUUUGUUUUGUGCUUGUGAACGAUUGUUUUCUUUGUCACUCCAUUUGUAUUCACAACAUUGUGUAUGCCUUUGUUCAAGUGACAAGUAAUGAAUCUAUUUAAACAAUAUUGAUAACAAUAUAAAACGAAGCUUAUAUUGAACUUAGUGUUUUGCAAUUAUUCCAUGUUAUAGUUAGUAUAUAUUACCCAUAUGUUUAUCAUUACUGUUUCUUUUAGCUGCAUUCCAUCGAAUAAUAAUAUUGAAUAAAGUCAUUAAUAAUGAA